AGCCUGAAGCCACCACUGCAGCUGGCUCGCCCUUCACUUCACCAAUUCUACUUCUGACCGACCCCGAACGACUUGUCACUCCCGACUCGCCGCGUUGAUAUCUAACCAAACCUAACCAACCAAAAAGUCUGAGAUAAUCAAACAUCCAGAACAACCAGCUUUACGGUUUACAACCUAACGCCCACAUAAUUUUAAAAGAAGGGCAGGUGUACUGCCUAGCGUGUGUGCGUGUGUCGCGGUCUCUCGAGUGUCCCACCCGUCCUUCCCCAACCAGUCAUGUCGUCAAAGACCUCCAGAAAUCAUGACGCUCGGAGUCCGGGGCGGUACGAUUACGAGGAUGCGGAUCGAGGCAGAGGUCGGCGGGCGCGCUCCGAUUCUAGGGAGAAGAAAGGUUCAUCGCCGCAUGCAAGAAAGCAUGGGCAAAACGUUGAUAUGGAGAGGGAACGGAGCCGUGAGCGGCGGAAAAGGGAUGAUAUGAGGCCCCCACCGCCGACAGCUACCAGGAGACGCUCGAGAGGACGAAGUCGGAGUGCGGAGACUCGGCGUUCUGCAAAGCAUGACGAACGCUCUCCACACCGUUCAAAGCGCCAUCGCCAUUCACACUCACCACGCCACGGAUCCCAUCGACACAGGAAGCGGCAUGCUUCGAUAUCACCCACAGAUAAGCGACGGCGGAGUCGCUCUCCGGGUCAUACUUUCACCAAGCACAAGAGGCCAAAACGACCACGUACUAGAUCUCGAAGUCCGCCAUCCAACAUCAAGCAUGGGACACGUGAUGCCUCACGUUCACCACCACCUGCACCAGGCUCUCCGCCACGAAAACACAAAUUAUCGGGCCGUCACCGGGAGCGUUCGGCAUCACCGCCUCGUCGACAUGCUGCGUCUCCAGCGCCUCCGCAAGCGGCUUACCGCAAGCGCUCUCCACCGCCUUCAAGACGCGAACCCGGAUCCCCCCCUCCACUACCACCUCUUAUUGAUCUCUCACCUCCACCACUGCCCCCUCGUUCCCGCGGAUACUCAGUCGAGAGGGGGUCCCGAAGGCCACCAUCGCCUCCUCCCCUGAAAUCUAGAUAUGUCAGCCCGCCCGCGCGUAGAGGUUCUUCGCCUCGGAGGGAACCUUCGAAGAAGAAUGAUGCGGACUAUCCUCCUCUCCGGCAUCGACAUUCACAGAGCAGAUCGGACAGGUCACCAUAUCGUGACAGGCCCGAUCAACCACCGCCACCGCCAUCAACACGUGCUCGUUCCCCUCCAGUACACGCAGCAUACUCACCACCUCCCAUGCGUACACGAUCGCCUCCACGUUCCGGUCGACCACCACGCGAACUAUUUCCUGACAGACGGCCAUCGCCACCGGCUGCGUCAUCAAGGUCCAAUCGCACGGCUCUGGAUCGUGGACCACCGGAACGUCGGAUCAGAGGUCGGCGGGAGGACGAUCACGGCCCAUCCGAAGGACGAAUACGGAGUCGCUCGCGAGAUUCAAACCGUGGCCCACCCCGUCGUCGGACUCCCCCUAGGUCGCCAAAGCGUGAUACAGCAGAACGACCGUCUAGUCGGCGUAGUGAUGUCCAUGACUCACAAUCCACCGUUGGCGAUUCUAGCAGCAAGGGGCAACCGGAAGGUCCAAGUAAUGGACCAUAUGUGAACCCGGAGCGACAACGUCUGGUGCAGGAUCGUCCCGAGCGUGGAAGAGGUCGAGGUCGAGGUCGUGGUCGCGGUGGUCGUGGUGGAGCAGAUCACCAUCGUAACCAGCCAUUGACCUUCGGUGGCGAAUUCCCAGCUCGAGGGCGGGGCUCAGCCAGAGGUGGUAGAGGCGGUGGCCACUCUGAAGCUCCAGGACGGCAGGACCAAUCUCCUCCAGCACCUACACAAGACCGAUUGCAGUCUGAGAGCCGGGACUCUCACGGCGGGUCUCCCGGGGCUCGCAGUCAUGACGAUCCAAGUCAACAGCUGUCUCCAGAGGUUAACGGCGAACGUCCGAUUCCUACCGGUCCCGCUGCCGACCAAAAGCCGCCCGAGAUGCAACAUGAAACCAAGCCCGUAUCUGGGGAAGAGCCAGUCAAGUCUUUUAAGAAGGUGCUUAGUGGUCCCGACAACACCGCUCCUGAAAACGCUCCUACGGCCCCCGCAGCGGAAAAGAUCAAGUUCACCAUGGCUAUACCUACAAAGUCUUCCAAGCCCGUGAAACCAGCACCAAAGGCCCUAGAUAUGAGGAUGGGUAAGUUUGCGACUGGCAGUAAUAGCGCACCACUGGGGGGUCGGACUAUCGACCUCACGGCCAGGCUCUCCCGAGUUAGACAGCCAGAACCGAGACCUACGCCGAACGAAGGUCCCCGCAGAGGACGCAGACGUAACUCACCGCGACAUGUCAGAGCUCCGUCUCCGCCACUUCCACCGCCGCCGCCACCUCCCCCUCCACCCCCGGGCCCCGAGAUUAUCGUCAAGGAUAUGCCGAUAUAUCAUAGGGUUAGCAUGGUUGGAGAGGGAACUUACGGCAAGGUCUACAAAGCUUCCAACAAUCUUACCAAAGAGUUGGUAGCACUAAAGAGGAUUCGAAUGGAAAAUGAAAAGGACGGUUUCCCGAUCACCGCUGUUCGGGAGAUGAAACUACUUCAAGCGCUCAAGCAUGAGAAUAUCGUUUCAUUGUUGGAAAUGAUGGUGGAAAAGAGUGAUUUUUACAUGGUGUUCGACUACAUGGAUCACGACUUGACCGGAAUUCUCAACCACCCCACGUUCAGACUCGAGCUCACACACAUUAAGCACCUGGCGAGGCAAUUUUUCGAUGCAUUGCACUACUUGCACCACCGUGGUGUCUUGCAUCGCGAUAUCAAAGGUUCCAAUAUCCUCUUGAACAACGACGGACAGCUGAAGAUCGCCGACUUCGGUCUGGCGCGCUUCUACACCAAGAACAGCAAGAAGGAAAUGGAUUAUACGAAUAGGAUCAUUACCCUUUGGUACCGUCCACCAGAGAUUCUUCUCGGUGCUACAGCAUACGGUCCCGCUGUCGAUAUGUGGAGCGCCGCCUGCGUCUUUGUUGAACUCUUCACCCGCGUCCCACUGUUUCCGGGCAGGACGGAAAUCGACCAGCUGGAUAUCAUCUAUAAGAUUCUGGGCAAGCCUACCGAGAAAGUGUGGCCGAAGUUGAAACAAAUGCCCUGGUACUCGCUCCUGAGGACGUCCGGUCUGAACCGGAAGAACAGAUUCCGGAAAAAGUUUGCCGAGCAAAUUCCGCCAUCCGCCAUGGACUUGAUCACACAACUCUUGCAAUACAACCCCGAACGGCGACCGACUGCUGAGGACUGCUUAAAACACCCAUACUUCUCCGAGGACCCGGCUCCGGAGCCACCGCUUGGCUUGCGAGACCUCCGUGGUGACUGGCAUGAGUACGAGUCUAAGAUGGAGCGCCGUAAAGAGCGCGACAACCAAAAGAAGCGACACGAUGCAGACCGCAAGAAGGCAAAGGAAGCGAGAGAAGUGGCCAAGCGUUCGGGACAGAAACAGGGACAAGCGGAAUACGAUCCUACGGGACCACCGGUUGAGGGUAGUAACGGGAAUGUCGUACCGGUGAAACGGAAGAUUGAAGCUGCUGUCGGUGGUGCUAGCGAUGACACGACAGGUUCAGAUCCUAAGAGGACCAGAAGCGAGGAGUAGAUGUUGUUAGUCGACGAUGAAGCACAUAUAUCUUCGCAGUUGUGUGUGCACAGGUAGCGGGAACUGACCUGCUACAUAUGGGGCGUUUCUUGCUUUCUUAUUUUUCUUGUAGUUUAUAUCGUUGAUU